CGCAGGGAGAAGCUGGGCGCCCCUGGAGUCCGUGUACAUCGUGGACCCCGAGGACGCGGCGCUGCUGUUCCGGGGCGAGGGGCCCCACCCCGAGCGCUUCCUCAUCCCGCCCUGGGUGGCCUACCACCAGCACUACCAGCGGCCCCUGGGCGUCCUGCUCAAGAAGUCAGAGGCCUGGAAGAAGGACCGCCUGGCCCUGAACCAGGAGGUGAUGUCCCCCGAGGCCAUCAAGAACUUCGUGCCCAUGAUGGAGGCCGUGUCCCUGGACUUCGUCAGGCUCCUGCACAGGCGCGUGAGGCAGCAGGGCUCCGGAACCUUCUCGGGGGACAUCAGCAACGACUUGUUCCGCUUUGCCUUCGAGUCCAUCACCUCGGUGGUCUUCGGGGAGCGGCUGGGCAUGCAGGAGGAGGUCGUGAACCCCGACAACCAGCGGUUCAUCGACGCCAUCGAGCGCAUGUUCCACAGCAGCGUGCCCAUGCUCAGCCUGCCGCCCGGCCUCCGCGUGCUGGGGACCCGGACCUGGCGCGACCACCGGGACGCCUGGGACACCAUCUUCAGCAGAGCGAGCAUGUACACUCAGAACUUCUACCUGGACAUGAGGCGCAGAAGGAAGGUGGACCGGUACCCCGGCAUCCUCUACAGCCUGCUGGACAGGAACCGCCUCCCGCAGGAGAACAUCGAGGCCAACGUCACCGAGAUGCUGGCCGGAGGGGUGGACACGACGUCCAUGACGCUGCAGUGGCACCUGUACGAGAUGGGGCGCCACCCCGGCGUGCAGGAGGCCCUGCGGGCCGAGGUGCGGGCGGCGCGGCGGGGGGCGGGGGGCGUCCUGGCCGCCAUGCUGCCCCGCCUCCCGCUCCUCAAAGCCAGCAUCAAGGAGACGCUGAGGCUGCACCCCAUCUCUGUCACCGUGCAGAGAUAUCCAGAGAAUGACUUAGUGCUCCGGAACUACAAGAUCCCGGCCAAGACGCUGGUGCAGGUGGCCAACUAUGCCAUGGGGCGGGAUCCCCGGAUCUUCCCCAACCCCCACCACUUCGACCCCUCGCGCUGGCUGGGGGAGGACAAGGCGGCCACGCACUUCCGCUACCUGGGCUUCGGCUGGGGCGUGCGGCAGUGCCUGGGGCGGCGGCUGGCCGAGCUGGAGAUGACGGUGCUCCUCAUCCACGUGCUGGAGAACUUCCGGAUUGAACUCCAGCAGUUCCGAGAGGUGGGGACGAAGUUCAGCCUCAUCCUGGUGCCCGACAGGCCCAUCCUCCUCACCUUCCUGCCCCUCGCCCAGGGGGGCCCCGAGCCCCAGCCCUAG